AUGUUUUUAUGUAUGGAGUUAGUUAGGAGUACGUAUACUUUUUAUUCACCUUUUUGUCAUGUUGCAGUGCCGGAGACGAAUUUUCGACUCAUACAGAACAAGACUGACGACGACACUGUGAAUGUCAUAUGCGCGGCGGACGGUGCCUUCCCCGCGCCAAACCUCACCCUUGCGACGCCUGAGAGGCGUUUAGACGGCGUGGCACAUCGAUUAAAACUAGUGAACGGUAGAUAUUCCGCCAUCGCGUCCGUGACGCUGCUAGACGAGGACCUGCCUUCACCAGCCGAGUUCAUCUGCACAUUGCGGAUACCGCAAGCGAAGUACGCGGUUCGGAAAGAAGCUAUUUAUUAUCCAGGUCCUAUAAGUACAACGCCCGAAAUGCCAACGGCAGCUGACAUGCAGUUAGCGGCAGCCGUCGGGUCUAAAGGUUCAACAAUCUAUUUAACCUUGGCUAUCACAUUGAUUCCUGUUAUAGCACAGGUCUGUUUAUCAUAGACCAGACGCCGUUUAAGAGAUUUGUUGCAGCUAAUGAGUUUCGAUCUCUAGUCAUUACCAAAGGCGGUGUCUAAAAAUUAAAUGUAUUUAGAUAAUUCACAAACUUAUAUUGAUGUAUAAAUUUUCUUUAUGAUACUAUAGUGGAAAUUGAACAAUUUAAGUUUGUAAUAUACUUUUAGGUGUAUUUAGCGAUUUUUUUUAAUAGAUGUAUGUUUCACCAAAGGAGUUUGUAUUGUUUCGAUGCUUAGAACAUAUGACGAGUACAGACGACUGUUUAUAGGUGUUUCUCUUUUUAUUAAUAUAAUUUUAUUUAAUAAUAAUAAAUACUUUGAUUUCUACCUAGUAUUUUUGUCAUAGAACGAAUAUAAGAGUAUUUGUUCAAUUUAUUUACAGGAUUAUUGCAGUUGCAAAACUAAAUUAAAUAGUUUUGCGUGUAAAUAUUAUUUUAUUAACCUUCUGCGUAUAUUAUAUCAUGAUCACAGUUGAUUUUUUAUCCUUACUUUAAAGGUCAUAUGUAGAACGUCUUAGUUAUAACCUUUAACCAUUGUACUGAGGAAUUUAUUCUGUCUAACAAUAAACAUCCUUACAUUGAAAAUUCUAGAAUGUAAAGAAUAUUCUAGAAUCUUGAAUAGAAGGUUCACGAGGGUUUCAUGAUAUUAAUCACCUACAUUCUAAAUUACUCGUCAUAUUCACUAAGCAAGAGCUUAUACGACUUAAAUAAUAAAGUUAUUAAUGGUGUUAGUUAUCGAAUUGUACAGCUCUAUUACGUAAUUUAUCGAUAUUUUCAAAGUAUUUUUCUUAUCGAUAUUGUUAAGUGUACAUAAUGAUUGUAUAAACUGUAGGUUUAGGUAAAGGCCUAAGCUUUAAGGCUUAAUUGGAAUGCGAUUAUCAAUGGAAAUGAUAUAUAAAUAUUGGAAUAUGUUUAUAUUGUUAAAAAUAUUCCUGACCUUUAAAUGUUAUUCGAAAUUCUAUUUCGGUUUUUUUUUCUAAUUUGAACGCUACAUUAUAAAUGUAAUACGUUAAUUUAAGUUAAUAUAGUAUCAGAAGAGGCACGAUUCUCAAUAAUAUUAAUUAUUGAUUAUAAUAUGUAUUUCAAAUAGUUAAUGGUUGUUUUUACUUGGAAUUACGACUUGUAGUAAAGACAUAAAUUAUUGUUUCUUAACAAUUAUAUUCCUUGUUUGGGCGAAGCAGUGUACUUUAUAUGUUUAUAUGAAAAAACCAAAAGAUUUUUCAUUUGGUCAUAAUUAUAAAAUGAUCUUUAAAAACUUCUCUUUCUUCUUUUAUUAUAAUUUUUUACAAUCAGAUUAAACAUAAAACGAUGUUUUAAUCACCUACAUUGUAUUAACAAUAUACCGAAGUAUUUGAAGAUUGUGAUUUACAAAGUUCUGUCAGCAACGAAACAUUUAAAAUCAUAAUAAACGAAAUUAUAAAAAUUAGUCAAACUACUACGCUUCAUAUGAAUACAAUUCAUAAUUAGAUAAUAUAUAGUGCUAUGGAAGAAAGCGAAUAUUGUUGUAUUAAUUAUUAUUUAUGUAAAAAAAAUCUAAUACUUUAUUUCGGUUACAGAUGUUUGUAUCAGAAUAUAGAUUUUAAACUGAGACGCUACGGCUACGGUUUGGCAAAAGACGCGGGUUCGAAUCCCGCCUCGUGAACAAAUUUUUUCUAUUUUUUCAAAAUUUCUCAUUUAUAAAGCAUCUCAAUGCUAUAAAACUAAAAAUUAGGUUCUAAACUGUUUUUUGGACAAUGUUUCUAUUAAAAACCUUUUAAUAAUUAAGUAGCUAAUACUCCCGAUAAAGAUAUACAAUAGCAAUUUCGCUUUUUUCCAUAAAUCAAUUUCAAAGUUGACACGUGGGCAAUCCACUAAAAUGAAAUUUAAACGAUAUACGUAUAUGGAAAUGUACAAAUAUAUACGUAUGUACUUUGUACUAUAAUAAUUUGUUUUUAAAAUGGGGUAACUCCCUACACAGGGUAACCAAUUACCUUGAGUUAUGUUAUCUAUUCUAUUGUAUUUAUAUGACAAUAUUAUGUCUUAUGAUUCGCCCUUAUUCAUAAAAAAAUACUAGAAUUUAAAAUUUUAACCAGUAAAAUUGCUAAGACGAAGAAAAUUGAACCAACUUUAAUAGGCCAAAGGUCGUAAUAACGUCGAAAUCAAAAAUACAUUCAAAAGUUGAAAUACUUAAAAACUUAAAAUAGGACACGUUCAACAAAGCUUAUAUGGUUAAACAAUGAAUUAUUUAUUUUUUGCUAUUGAUUAUUUAAAUAUAAUAAAAUAAAAUUGAUUUAUAUGUAAGUGCAUCCAGAUAAAACUGUCACACUCAUAGUAUCAGAUUGUAUUAAAUGUACUAUAAGAUCGCUUAGCUGUGGUCUUACUAAAUCUGCUCGCUGUUGUAUUGUUCUUUUAUUUUGACGAUAAUCAAUAAAUAAAUAAAAAAAUGUAAAUAAGUCUCUAAUAAUAUUUUUUGUGAUUUUUUAAUCUGAAUUCAAUUAUAAUCUUUAUAGGAAUAGGUUUGUUGGUAAAUAAAUAAAUGAAAAUUCAUUAUUUUUAUUUAUACAGUUGAUUGAACAACCGAGCACUAUUUACAGAGGCCACAGUAUUAUUGCAUCCGUUCACGAAUAAGGGCUAGUGUAAAUAUUUGUACGCGGUUAGUAAAGUUUUGUUAAGUACACGUUCGCUGUGCAUACGCCAUCUAUGGAUAAGAUCCAAUCAAGACUUUUAAUGUGAGAUUUCUUAAAUAAAUUGAAGGGUCGUUGUG